AUAUGGUGCCCUUUGUGUGUCAAUGCGAACAGUGUCCCAAUGCUGGCAAUGCGGAGGCGGCCAAAGUUUGCUUCGAUCACAGCAUCAGCAUCAGCUAUGCCCCUGAAUGUCCGCCCCCGCUGUAUCUCUGCAUAGAAUGCGCCAAUGAGAUCCAUCGCAAGCAUGCUAACCUCGGAUUCGGUGACAUUCUCCAUCCCAUGCAGCAAGUCUCCAUGGUAUGUGAGAAUAAGAAUUGCCGCUCCACCGACAAGGCAGCCUUCUCGAUCUGUUUCUCCACCGAGUGUGCCAGCUAUAAUGGAAACCACCCGAUACGUUACUGCGCGCAAUGUCACAGCAAUCGACACAAUUCGCGACGCGGUGGCGAUCAUGUGGUGCAUCGUAGUCUCCAAAUCAUCUGGCAGAUGGAUCCCGAGAUUCAGAUGCAUAUGGUGGAGUCCGUGAUUAGUUUGCUACGCGAGGCUAAGCCGCUCAAUUUUGAGCCCGGCAAGGAUGGUUCGGAUGCGAAGAAGAACGGUGGCAACGGCACACCAGACACCAUAUCGCUGGAAGAGCGACAAAUGUUGGGUCGCUAUGGCAUUUGGUUGUUGGUGGGCCGCUGCACGCCGACACCGGAAAUGCCAGUCGAGGUGCUGGGACGCAUAUUGAGUAUGUUGUUCCAUUGGUUCCACGUGACUGCGUGCUCGUAUGAUGUGGCUAGUCAAAUUGAGAGCACCAUCGAGAAGCUUAAGGUAGAGCAUGUCUGCAAUUGGCUGAAAGAGAUUUGCCGCAUACAUUACAAUGUUUUCAUCUCCUGCCUGCUACCACAUCCACCAGAGUACGCACGCGUGGGCGGACAUUGGGAGACGUUAGCUUCGCGUACCAGUCAUCUCAAAGAGGGCCUACAGCGUCUCAUCUGCUUGGUGCCCUAUGAAGUUAUUACUUCCGAAAUCUGGGACUAUGUCAUGCCACACUGGAUGGAAGCUAUCACCAACGAUGUAGGCGAAAAGGAGCUACAUGAACUCAAAAUUGUGCUGAGUAAAAUACUUGAUCCCGAAAUGUCGCCACUCGGCUUUGACGCCAAAACUAUGUACAACUUUGUGGCCAUACGCUUCGAAAAAACGACAGCAAAGGUCCAACAGCAAGCCUUGCAUUGGUUACAGAUACUCACAAAGCUGGGCAUUCUUAUACCGCUGGUGCAGUUGUUCGCCAUGUUCGGCGACGGUGUACGCAUCAUGAAAUAUGGCGUUCAACAUGAGCUAAUGCGCGAGAAGGAGGGUCAGGCUAAGAGCCCAAAGACACCAUCAAAGGAGCAGAAGAAUGAAUUGGGCAAUCCACCACGACGUAGCUCGAUUUCUCCCGUUGUCGAAGAUGAUUCGGGCAACACAUCCGCCAUUUCUGACGAUGAGGCACCUACUAAUCGACACACGGAAUUCUCUACCGAUGCCGAACAUAAUCUCACUUGCUGCAUUCUAAUGUUGGAUAUAUUGUUGAAGCAAAUGGAGCUGCAGGAUGUCGAACAGCACAUGGGCAUACACACUAGCGUUUGCGAGAAUGUUUCACGCUUGAUUAAGUGCAUGGUAACAGCAGCACGUGUGGGUCUGAGCAGUCACGUUUGCUCACUUAAGGUGGCUGAAUGUGCUUACUGCGAAGCAUCCAUCAUGUGGCACCAACUCUCUACCAAAUUGGUACAAUUCAUGGCACCACUUAAUCCAGUUCGACCCCCAGAUGUUCCAAUUGAAGAUAUCAUCGAAGAGGAAAAAUCCUCACGUAAAAGUCCGCCCGAAAGUGAUAAGGAGAAAUCACGUGAUCGCGAUAUAUCGCUUUCAAUGGCGCCAUUGCCCAUACCAUUGGGUCCACUAGGCGGUUUUGCAGACAUCUUAAAGCUAGAUCAAUUCUUUUCAGACGAUGGGAAAAUUAUAAUUAUGGCAGGACCAGUGCCAGUUGCAGUGCCACAGCCGGAACCACACUCCGUGGGCGGAGUGCUCGUACAUAUGCCGCACGUUUGUUCCGUAUGUAUACAGGAUAAAGAGAAAAUAAAAUUAAUAUCCAGCAAUUAUAUAGGCAUAAGACAUAUAUGACGUUUUUUUUUUAAUUAUUUGAAAAAAUGUUUAUUCAUAUAAGGCCGGGUUUCCACAGUGCAAUAAAUGACGAAUAUUUCGUAUGUGAAAGUGGGGUACUAAAGAGCAUAAUCAUUAAGGGUAAUUCGUUCAAAG